AUGUUCCUUGGCCUCAUCUCAUCGCACAAUACUAAGAACCAGUCUUUGAAUGCUGAACCUCCCAAGAAAGUCAAGGAGUCUCCUAUAUAUGCGGUAGACUUUACUUCAACAGUAUUCACCCCCUCUACGACUACUCAGAUGCCAAAAAGUGGUAUCAAAGCCAGAUCCAAAAGAAAGAUUCAGCCAAAGGUUAUUAAAGGUGUUAAGCCUGUAUCUCCACCAUUAGAAUCUACAUUGACAAAUAGUUUUGACGUUAAAGAUUCACAAGUAUAUAUAUUCUAUACAACUUUGACAGGUUCGUCUCAAAGAGUUGCUCAAGCUAUGUACAAUAAGUUGGAUAGCAUGGAAGAAAUAAAGUUAACACCCAAGCUUCUCAGUUUAGAUGAUGAUGUUGAUGAUUUAGAGGAAUUUUUUAUGAAGACCCCAGAAAAUGAUGAUGGUUCGAAGAAUAUCUAUGUUCUUGUCCUUCCAUCGUAUGAAAUGGAUUCACCUAUGGACUAUUUCUUAGAGCAUUUACAAGAUACAUACCAAGAUUUCAGAGUUGAUAAGUACCCAUUAAGCAAGUUAGCAGGGUUUGCUGUACUUGGAUUGGGUGACUCUGAAAGUUGGGGUGGUAAAAAGUUCUGCUACCAAUCAAAGGCCGCAGAUAGAUGGUUGGGUAAAUUGGGAGGAAGAAGAUUAUUCCCUAUAGGUCAGAUAUGUAUGAAGUAUCAAGGUGAACCAAAAACCAAUGAGUGGAUCCAAGGGUUUGCUGAAAUGCUUUUAGACAAGGAGCCAAUUUAUUUGGAUACCAAUGAAGACAUUGAUGAUAGUGAUAUGGAAGAUGGUACUAAGGACAAUGAGAGUGAUGAUACAUUGGUGGAUGUUGAAGAUAUGGGUGAUAUGAUGCGUUCUUCUUCAGGAAGUGGCACCACCACCAAAGGAUUGAGAGGUGAAACCGUAAGCUCCUCUUCUUCAGGUCCCCUCCCUGCUAAAGAAAUGGUCUCCAAAAAUUCUCCAACUUAUAAAUCAUUAACUAAGCAAGGCUACACUAUUGUGGGUUCACAUUCUGGAGUUAAGAUUUGUAGAUGGACUAAGAGCGCAUUACGGGGAAGAGGAUCUUGUUAUAAGUUUGCAUUUUAUGGUAUUCGUUCCCAUUUAUGUAUGGAAACAACUCCUUCUCUUGCAUGUUCCAAUAAGUGUGUUUUCUGUUGGAGACACGGAACCAACCCGGUUGCCAAAUCUAAUUGGAGAUGGGAAGUAGAUCAACCUGAAGUUGUUUUAGAAGGAGCAUUAGAAGGUCACUAUAAGAAGAUUAAACAACUUCGAGGAGUUCCUGGAGUUCAAUUGGACCGUUUCCAAGAAGCGUUCACAGUUAAACAUUGUGCAUUAUCACUUGUUGGAGAGCCCAUCUUCUAUCCCCACAUCAAUGAGUUUGUACUGAUGCUUCAUGCUAAACACAUAUCGUCAUUCCUAGUAUGUAAUGCUCAACAUCCUGACCAUUUAGCAAAGUUGAGUAAAGUAACUCAAUUAUAUGUGAGUAUUGAUGCUCCUACUAAGACCGAUUUGAAAAAGGUUGAUCGUCCUUUAAAUAGUGAUUUCUGGGAAAGAUUAAUGCUGUGCUUAGAUAUAUUAAGGACCGUCCAAAGACAUCAAAGAACUGUAUUCCGGUUAACAUUGGUCAAGGGUUUCAAUAUGAAUGAUAUUGAAAGUUAUGCCGAUAUGGUUGAAAGAGCAUGUCCCUCUCAAAUUGAAAUCAAAGGUGCAACAUUUUGUGGUUCAAGUUCAGCUAACGGGAACCCUUUGACAAUGCAAAACAUUCCAUUCUAUGAUGAAUGUCGUUUAUUUGUUGAAGACUUAUGUAAGGAGUUACAAUCUCGUGGUCUUGAUUAUGAAAUAGCUGCUGAACACGCUCAUUCUUGCUGUAUUUUAAUGGCCCAUACAAGAUUUAAAAAGGAAGGCAAGUGGUAUACCCACAUUGAUUAUCCCAAAUUCUUUAGUUUAUUAGAAAGUGGAGACGAAUUUACUGACAUAGAUUAUGUACUGGAAACACCAGAAUGGGCAUACUAUGGCUCUGAAGAAGCAGGGUUUAACCCUGAAGAUACCAAGUUUGAUCGUAAGGCUGAAAAGUUGAAGAAAAGAUUAGAAAGAGAGAAGAAUGGUGAUGUUGAUCCAAUAAUGAUAAACAACACGGCAGAAUAA